GCCGUCACGUACGCGCCGGUGGUCAUGCAGGUCCAGCCCUGGAGUUUUGUAGACGCCUCCACCGCCGCCGCCCCCAUGACCGCGGUGGCGCAGGUGGUGGCGCCAGGCGCUGGACCGCAGGCCUCUCUCCAGGUGCCCUUUCAGGCCGUCGCCCAGAUGGUCCCCAUGAUGGCGGCGCCUGCCGCCGAGGACGCGUCCAACGGCUUCGACAAGGAGGCGGCGAAGGCUCGCCGAACAAUCAAGAACGCCAGAUUCGCGGGCAGGCGAAACCCGUGAGCAGCUGCUGAAGGCAUCGGCGGGCGGGCCCGGGACCAGGGUCACCGCGGGCGGACGGCCGACAACUUCGCUGGCCUGCCCCGCGGCGGGGGCGCGCCCUGACUUUUCGUUGGCUUUCAUGCUCCCUUUAAACUUGCCCUGCAGGGUGUACCACAGUAUUCCUUCGUUUCACAGACCCCUGCCGCGUGCAGCAGAGGCAACAUAACGAUUGCAGACGCUCUCUAUUGCAGGGUGGAAUGCAGAGUGCGUCCAAUCUCCUACACAGACAGGACCUGUCCUCAGCUCAGGCAAUCCCGGCACCUAGAUCAAAUCACACCUUCUGCGCCCUCCAUGCUGUCGCCAUGUUCAUGCUUCAUGCCGCGAUCAUAUCGACGUGUGUCGUCAUAACUCCGUCGCUCAGCGCUCCUUUGCUGUCCAUUAUACGUGGAUGAGGGCGAUGUGUGCGCGCGCGUUCAAGCAGUCGGGCCAGCUUUCAUGAUUUGUCUCACUGCUUCCCUCGCGCAGUCGGACCUGUUCCCGUCUAGCAGUCUCUGGGUUCGAGGACGCUUGUAGGUACCAAUCCUUCAUGUGUGGCUGAGGGCGAUGUUCGUGGCGAUGGCGCAAGCAUCUGAGAGCAGAGCACGUCUGUGCUGCAAACAGUUGGCGCGCACCUGGUCCUUGUUGGCACUGAGCCCAUUCAGAACGUUCUUGCAUGCUCACACGCUUCCGUGGUCAGAAGAGGCCGCCUUCUUUCUCCCCCCCCUCAGCGGCAACCUUGCCCCUUACUUUUUCCACCUCGCCCUCUCUUGCAAUUCAUCUGGGUACUUCCGCGCCGCGCCGCUUCGUCCACGUCUGGUAUAUGCGUCCCAGUUCUGUUGGCAUCCCGCUCUCCUUCUAGGCUUCGUUUGCCCGAUCGCUCCAACAAGCGAGCUGUAGAUCAUUUGUCUUGCCUUAUUUGGCGGCAAGAUGCUGGCCAUGAUGAUUUUCCCAUAUGCGUAUCGCAUGCGGUUCUUCUUCGGUGAACCUAAUCGGAGGCACCUUCCAACGCACCUCCAACCCUCCCUUGUGGCUUGAGAAGGGUUCUCGUGCUCAAGUGUUCGGCGCAGCGUGACUUGCAGUCGGCUUGGCACGGCCGACGCUGGAACUGACGCAAUCACGAGAGCUGUUGGUAUUUGGAGCGAUGGGGACACCUAUCGUGAACCCAGCUGAGUAUCACCUUCUCAUGGCUCGCCAUUCGCUGAGUGCGGAUUGCUAGUCAGUAUUUUUGUAGCACCACGAGAGUUGGAAACUCCGCGGAGGUCGUGCAUUAGGUAGGUCGGAGGUCACUGACGUUGCGUAUUCAACGCGUUUCGCGUUUAUUGCCUCCCCACAGCGUCCCCGUAAUUGUUGAAGAAGGACGGGCCAAGGUGGCCGAAGGCAGGAGCACGCACGGUUCAUCACUUGUGGUGGCCUGUCGGAGCCAUUCCGCGCUCUUCGGAGUCUUUGGGGGGCCAUCUCGGUGCACGCGGCGUCGCUGUCGCCCAGCCAAGAAUCCAACUUUGUCGACGUGGGCGCUCUGGAUCCCGUCCGCUCUGUAUUCCAUCUUUGGCCGCCCUGCGUCGGAGAGACGAUCUCGGCGGGGAGAGGGCAGCAUGGGCGAUGACAGGCGCGGAUGAUGUACGAUGGCCGGUCGGGCUUCUGAGAGAAGACCGACGGGAUGCGCGGAGUUCUUGGG